AGUCCGCAGUCGUCGGUUUUGCCAAGUAAACGUGCUUCUUACACGCGCUCUCAGUACACACAUUAUUUUUUCAUUAUACACACACCUAUACACAUACACCACGAAUGCGUGUGUCGGCGCGCGGCAGUAAAAAAAGAAACUAAGUAAAAAAAAAACCGAGAAAUAAAUCUCAAACUUGCAUCAACUAAGCAAGAAUAAUGCUGACGUUGUUGUUGUUGCUGUUUUUUUCACUCACCGACCACAAUUGAAAUAGACUCGCAUUUGGUUAAAUAAUUUAGCAAAAUCCAAAUAUGUGCACUUAAUUCGUUGCUCGUUGGCGUCUCACACAGAAAAACAGAGAAAAGAAACUUUGGUCAUUCAACAACCUCUUUGGAAUAUGAUAUCGAUUUUCCGUUACGUCGUUAUACACACACUCUGACCGAGUUUACUUUACACGUUAAGCCGCGCGCAAGCACACGCCCCUUUCUUCAUCUGAGCAACAGACCCACCCACCACCCACUACCCAACCACCCACAACAGUCAAGCUACCCAAACCAGCACAAGCCACCCAGUUGGGUGUGUUUUUGUCGCAAAUGUGUGUGUGAAAAAAGUGAACAAUGAACUUACUUGUUUGGCCAUCUUCGUUUUGAGCACCUCAAAGAAAUUGCAACGCAUUAAGAAGCAUGUUUUAUUUGGCACUGAUCAAAUAGCGACGGACAAACAUUUUAGGGACAAUUGUAAAUAGCAUCAUCACAGACAUCCGACACCAGACGGACAGAGUACAGGCUUUUGCUAAUACGAGUGAAUCCGAGCUGUGAGCUGUGAGCAACAUGGACAAAGGACAAAGGAGCCAAUGGCUGUAUUCCACUCAAUCUAUGCAUUCGGCAGCAGGUGUUGUUUGUGUGCUGCUCCUGUUCCCGCUACUGUUGGGUCAGACGAUGGCCCAGGGAACACCGCAACAGGUGUGUCCGGAGCAGAGCGACAUCUCGCCCUGCAUUUGUACGGUGAAAAAGAAUGGAUUGGAUGUUUUGUGUGAGGCAACGGAUCUGAUGCACAUUACCAAGUCGAUGGGCACACUGAAGGGCAAGAGUCCAAUUAUCUUCUAUCUGAAGCUGCGACACAAUAAUCUGCCCAAGCUGCAAGGCUUUGUGUUUCUUGCCCUCGAUAUCCGCCAUUUGACAAUACACAACAGCAGCUUGGCGGCAAUUGAGGAGAAUGCACUGAGCUCGUUGGGCAAAGGACUUACACAGCUGGAUGUUUCGCUUAAUCAGAUGAAAACUGUGCCGUCUCAGGCACUGCAACAUUUGUAUCACUUGUUAAUUUUGAACUUGAAUCACAAUAAAAUAACGGUCUUACACAACAAUGCCUUUGAGGGACUGGACACACUGGAGAUACUUACACUCUAUGAGAACAAAAUAACACAAGUCGAUCCCGAAGCGUUCCGCGGCCUGGAGAAGAAAUUGAAGCGCCUGAAUCUGGGUGGCAACGAUCUAACCAAUGUGCCCCAAAAGGCCCUCUCGAUAUUGGACACGCUAAAGAAACUCGAAAUACAGGAGAACAAGAUUCGUACCAUCAGCGAGGGCGAUUUCGAGGGUCUACAGAACUUGGAUUCGUUGAUAUUAGCACAUAAUAUGAUCACAACCGUGCCUGCAAAUGUAUUCACACACUUAAGUAUGCUCAACUCGUUGGAACUGGAGGGCAAUAAGAUCAGUAUUAUUGAUAAGGAUGCAUUUAAGGGUCUGGAGGAGAAUCUACAGUAUUUGCGUCUGGGCGAUAACAAUAUUCAUGCCAUACCCAGUGAGGCUUUGCGUCCGUUGCAUCGACUCCGCCACUUGGAUUUGCGAAACAAUAAUAUUAAUGUUCUGGCCGAUGAUGCUUUUACCGGAUACGGCGAUUCGCUGACCUUCCUCAAUCUGCAGAAGAAUGACAUCAAAGUGCUACCAAGCACCCUAUUCGAGAACCUCAACUCGUUGGAGACGCUGAAUCUGCAGAACAACAAGUUGCAACGGAUUCCGCAGGAUACCAUGGAACCGGUCAUCGAUACGUUGCGCAUAAUUGACAUCACUGAUAAUCCAUUGAACUGUUCGUGCGAAUUGACCUGGUUCCCAAAACUGUUGGAGGAUCUGAAGAACAAGGACGAUGAAAUGUCGCAAAAGAAGAAGCCACUGUGCCACAUGUCGUUGGACAAUCGCGAGUAUUUUGUGCAAGCGAUGCCCACCGAGAAGAUGCACUGCGCCGGCCUCAAUGUGAGUCCCUCACCCACGAGCGGCGGUCUCAUACGGAUACUGCAAGUGAACAUUUUGGCCCAAAUAGCCAUGUGUAGCGUGGCGUUUCUGAGUAGCUUUUAACAUGCCACUCCUCCUAAACAGGCAGCAUACGCAAUCGUAUCAAUUGCAUUCACAUCCGUUUUUUCCGAUUAGUUGCAUAUCUCUCUAUAUAUAUAUAUACACACAGACAAGCAACCACAUACUAUAUCUGUAGGUGGUCAUGAUGGAUCGAUCAUCAUCAUCAGACAUAGAGACAAGAAGUGAUACUUAUAACCCCCCUUAAAAAAACCAAAAACCAAAACCAAAAAAAAAAAAACACUCCACAAUUUUUGUACGCCUACAAACCAUUUCUGUGUUGUUGUAUUGUAUUUUUUAUUAUAGAUUAUAGUGAAUCCGUGAAUUAUGCAACUCUGGCAAUUGUUAGACUCUCAAUAUGCACGCCAACCAAGAGCAACAACAAGAACAACAAGAAACAACAGCAAUAUCACCCGCAAGUGCCCCAUCGAAACUGAAUAACCCAAAAAUACGCAAAAUGAAAUGAAUACACACCCACCUUGUUGAAUUGAUUAUAUGAUGCCAAAAACAAAGCGCGCUUAAAAAAAAAAAAAAAAGAACACACACAAAAGACAAAAAAAAAAAAAAAAAAAAACGAAAACAAAACGCAAAUCAUAAAGCACACAAAGAAAACAUAAUAAUUCUAUAUAUAAAUAAUUAUAUAUAUCACAUAUCAAAUGCGACACGCACAGUGUACAGUAGCCCGACAAAAGCUGCUAUAAGAUCGUUAAUUGUUAACGCUUCAGCAAACGUAAUCGUAAUCGUAAUCGUAAUUGUUAUCGAACAGCAUAUUAAUCGUAGUUUAGAUUUAAAUUUAAAAACGAAAACCGAAAACACAAACAUAUCUGGAAACGUGAAUUGUUACAAUUUAAGCGAUAUUAUUGCUAACUUUUAUUAUUAUUAUUAUAUUAUAGUCGCCUUAAGGCAUAAAUGAAAAGUUUGACAGCAACUUUACAUGUUAUCGUAACUACACUAAAAACAAGAAGAAAAUCAACAAAAAAAAUGUUUUAUAUGUAUUGUCUAUCUAUGUACCUAUUUAUUAUGUGUAUGUAUUAUGUGUAGUACUAUGUCGUCGUCUUGUCGUCGCUGUUGUGAGAUACAAUCAUUAUAAAAACCUUGUUUAUUGUUCUUCGAUAUUUUGUUAUUCAAGUGUUUUUCCAGUAAGCAGCAUAUCAAAAAGCCUGCAACCUAGUCGAAAUUGGCAAUACAAUUAUUAUUUAUCAAAUAUCCUAUUUAUAUAUGUAUCUAUGUAUGUGCAACCACUUUGGGUGCUAUGCCUAAAAAAAAUAUGUAUAAAAGCAACAAAUUUGUACGCGUUCAAACGAGAGAAGAAAAAAUCAUUUGCAUCAAUCACCAAGAACUGAUUAUGAAAUAAGUAGUUUGUACUCUUUAUAUGCAAGAAGAAGAAGAAGAAGAAUAAAAAGAAUGAGAAGGAGCUUGAAGCAAGAAGCGGAUAGAUUGCAGCAUCCGCAUAUACACAUAUCAAUUAUUGUAUACAUAACCGUUAUAUAUACUAUAUAUAUUGUACAAUCGUAACAUAUCAAGAGUUAGCAAACUCACAAAAAUAACAAAAACAGAAAAUAGAGAAAAAAAACUCAACAUUUUUUAGAACUACUUUUGAGCAUGUGAAAAAAGUUUGAUAUUUACGCCACACACAAAAAACACUAAAAUUACAAUUUUUGAAAUUGUUCUUUUU